AUGGAAGAAGAAAAAUCUGACGAAGAUGAGGAAGUUAUUAUAGGAAAAAAUAUCAUUCAUAAUAAUUUUGAGAACGCAGAUUUUCUGAAGAACUUUCGAUAUCCAUAUGAAAAUAUUCAUCAUUUUUAUCAAUCCUAUGAGUGUUCGUACCCAUAUGUGAUCAAUAGGAAAUUCACAAUUGAAGAAGAUGAAUUAAAGAAUUCUCUUUUUUUGAAAAACGAAAGAAUUAAUAAGUACAAAACAGCAGCAAAAGUUGAGCAAAAAAGUGAGAGUUUGCAAAGAUGUCAAAUAGAUGAAAGACGUGGAAAACACAGGAAGGUGAAAAAAUUCAUUAUCCAUUUGGUACCUUCCAAAAAUUCCGAGUUUUACAAUUUUCUGAAAAAAAAAAAAGAACAAGUGUUAAGAAAAUAUGGAAAAGAUGAAACGUAUAAAUAUGACUUUCACAUAAGUUUGACCGGGUACUUUUUCUGUGAUAAUAUAAAUGCUUUUAUAAAGAGUCUGUACAUGUACAUGUUUUAUUAUGUCAAGUUGUAUCAUGUGUCCAAAAAGUUGUCAGAUCGAAAUUUAUUUUUUUACAUUCCAUUUAAGUCGGGGCAAGAACAACAUGACAGUUGUUACUCUCAAUAUAUUGAAAAUGGCCCAAGUAACUACAUGAGAGAAAAAUUUUUGAACAAACGAUGUGAUAUGCUGUUGGGAAAGACCUGGAGGAAGCGGUGGAAGGAGCAGUUGAAGGAGCAGCUGGAGAACCAAUUGGAGAAACAGCCGAUGGAGCUGAAACCUCCUUAUGUGAAGCCACAUAACCAAAGGACAUACAAGAUUGAUGCGAAUCGUCAAGAAGGAGGAAAACGUAACACAACUGAGAAAAACAUCCUAACGACGAAUGAUGGAUAUGUUAUUAUCCCGAUAUUAUGUGAAUGGCUUAAAAGAAUAUUUGAAAAUUUCCGUUUUUUAAUUAAAAACAAUAAUUUUACAUCCUGCAAGAGACACAGACACGUGCACAAGCAUUCAUUUGUUAUGAAUGGCCAAAAUAGCAAAUGGAAUGUCUCGAAAGAUAGAGACCUUAACGUCUACUUGUGUGUCAUGGAUUCUUCCCUUAGAGGAGGGAAUUAUCCAGUGGGUAAUCUAGCAGGGGCAGAAGCGGGUGUAGAAGCUGAGGCAGAAGCUGGGGCAGAAACUGAGGCAGAAGCUGGGGCAGAAGCUGAGGCAGAAGCUGGGGCAGAUGCAGUGGAGGGAGCAAACCAUCGAGACGCGAUGAUUGGGGUGGGAGCGCACCUUGUGCCGUGCCAAAGAAACUUCACAUCCAUGGAGGAGGAGAAGCAUUAUGAGGAACCAAUUGAUCGGAUCCAUCUAUGUGAUAAGAACGUGAAAAAUAUAAACGGAUCCAAAAGAAAAAGAUAUAGUGUAAGCAGCGUGAGCACAUGUACAAGCAGUAAGGACGAUAGUGGAUCUUUUUAUGAGAAUGUAGAAAUUAUAAAAAAUUGGAGUGAUACAAAAAAGGAGAAAAUUAAUUGUGCAGAGGUAAAAAACAUUGCCAAGUAUGAAAAAAAAACCUUGAAUUAUAAAAAAGCGAAAAUAAUACAAAGUAAAUGUAGCAAAACAAAAAUGGUAAUCAAAGAACGAGAGGAUGGAAAAAACAAAAUAAAAUAUAGGUACAAUAAUGCAAAGGUAAAUUUAUUCGAGUUUCGAAUAAAGAAUUGUAACCAUAUUUCUCUUGCUUCGAACAGGAAGGAUCAAGACAUACAAAAAGAUAUUGCUUAUAUGUACAAAGACAUGAAACAUUACUUCUCCAAUUGUACAUGGGAUUUAGUUCUGUUUGAAUCCAUGGAUAAAGAAAUUCAAUGCAACAACACGGAUAUGACACACAAGGAUGAGAAUCCUAUUUUGAAUGAAAUUUUCAGGUUUAGCAAUUUUGCCAACUCGUGA